GUAGUCGUUUUAGUUUGUUACUAACUUGUGUGCACUGAAGUCGACUUGUUUGCCGCCUCGUGAAGGCCCGAUGCUACCAUGAGCGGGGUGGUAGCGCCGGUGUUGGCGCUUGCCCUUCUGGGCGUCGCUGUGGCCGACAUCAAAAUAGGCGGAUUAUUUGAGACAGGCGAAGACAUCGUGGAGAUGGCGUUCAAUAGUGCGGUCGAGAGAAUUAAUUCACAUGGGCUCGCCGAGCCUGGUGAACGCUAUACUCCUACUUCGGAUCGCCUACUCACUAGGGUAGAGCACAUCGAGAGAGCUGACUCUUUUCAAGCUUCUAGAAAAGUCUGCACAUUGCUAGAAGAAGGGGUUGCCGCCGUCUUUGGGCCGCAGUCUACAGAUGCGUCUUUUGCCGUGCGCUCAGCCUGCGAGACCCUGGACGUCCCACACAUCGAGACUCACUGGGACUAUCGUUCCCGAACUACCAAUCACUCCCUUAACCUUUACCCUCACCCCUCCGCCCUAGGGAAGGCCUACCUCGAUUUCAUAAAAUAUAAGGACUGGAAGAAUUUCGCCAUUCUCUACGAAGAGAACGACGCUCUAGUACGUUUGCAAGAGAUACUGAAGGACGCUACACUGAUGAAGGAGAACCGAGUGACGGUGCGUCAGUUCGAAAUUGGAACCGAAUAUCGAAAAACCCUUAAGGAUAUUGGCAAGACAGGAAUCAAAAAUAUUGUACUCGAUGUACCGAUAAGGAGUCUUUACACGGUGCUAAAACACGCUCAGCAAGUGGACAUGAUGUCCGAAUAUCAUAACUAUUUCAUCACUUCGCUAGAUGCGCACACCAUAGAUACCGAGGACUUCCAAUAUGGCGGGACGAAUAUUUCUGCUUUUCGUUUGAUCGACUUCUCAUCGAAGGAAAUCGACGAGGUCGCACGCGAUUGGAUCCAACGGCGACAUAGGUUCUCGAGCAAGAAGUCUUCAUCGGUACAGAGCAACUUCAACACCGGUGCUCAAGAUUUCUACAAGAAUCUAACGACCAAAGUAGCGCUGAUGUACGAUGCUGUGAGGCUGUUCGCCACUGCCUUGAAGGACCUGCACCCGGACAGCGGGCCCAAAAUUCAGGUGGCGCCCCUAUCAUGCGAACGGGAGCACAAAUGGUCUCAGGGGAACGCAUUCGUCAAAUAUAUGCGGAUGAUCAACAUCAAGGGGCUGACAGGCAAUAUCCGCUUUAACAAAGACGGCCAUCGCACAGAUAUGCGGCUGACUGUGCUGGACAUGGCGCACUCAGGCUGGCGAGAGGCCGGCGAGUGGACGAUGCACGGUGGCAUCAACAUCACUACAAACUACACCAGAGAGCUCGAGGAGGCCCGACUCUCACUCCUCAAUAAGACUUUGGUUGUCACCACUAUUCUGCAACCACCUUACGUGAUGUACAAAGAGAAUUGGAGAGAUAACGGGCUGACAGGGAACGAUAAAUAUGAAGGCUACUGCAUAGAUUUGCUCGACGCGAUUGCUUCCUCCGAGCACUUCGAUAACAACAUGAAGUAUGUUAUCCGCGAAGUCGCAGACAACAGUUAUGGCCGGAAGGACGCCGAUGGAAGAUGGAACGGGAUGAUCGGCGAACUAUUAAGCGGGAAAGCGGACUUGGCUGUGGCCGAUCUGACGAUCACUUUCGUCCGUGAAGAGGCCGUGGACUUCACGAUGCCCUUCAUGACUUUGGGGAUCUCGAUCCUCUACAAGAAAACCGCGAAACCCCCGCCCGGACUAUUCUCGUUCCUAGACCCACUCUCUCUCGAGGUCUGGAUCUACAUGAUGACAGCAUUUCUCGGAGUAUCUUUAUUCCUGUUCGUGCUUGCGAGAUUCUCGCCAUAUGAAUGGGUAAAUCCACAUCCUUGUGAAGGAAACCCUGAGGAACUGGACAAUCAAUUUACAAUAUGGAAUACGCUUUGGUUCACUAUUGGAUGCCUCAUGCAACAAGGCUGCGAUGUAACACCACGAGCAUUGUCGACUCGUGUAGCAGCCGGCAUGUGGUGGUUCUUCACUUUGAUCAUGGUCUCUUCUUACACCGCCAACUUGGCUGCGUUCCUCACUGUGGAACGUCUCGUAUCUCCAAUUGAAAGCGUUGAAGAUUUGGCGAAGCAGACAACCAUUCAGUAUGGCUGUCUUAGGUCUGGCUCCACACAAUCCUUCUUCAAAGAUUCGCAAUUCCCAACAUACGCUAAAAUGUGGCACGUCAUGCAAUCUCAACGGCCAACUGUAUUUGCUGAGAGCAACCAGAAGGGCAUCGAUCGUGUGUUAAGGGGAAAGUACGCUUACCUGAUGGAGUCCACUUCAAUCGAGUAUAACAUUGAGAGGAACUGCGACCUCACCCAGAUCGGCUCACUGCUCGACAAUAAGGGCUACGGUAUCGCCACUCCUCCGGGGUCCCCCUACAGGACUAUGCUAUCGCAAGCCAUCCUUCGGCUACAAGAGAACGGUGACCUUCAUGUGCUUAAGGAGCGUUGGUGGAAAAAGAAGCGCAUAAGCAAAAAGUGCCCGAAGGAUAUCAUCAAUAAAGGGACGUCGGCGAUGACCGUGGCCUCGGUAGGAGGUGUAUUCAUUGUGCUCCUCGUCGGAUCAUGCGUCGCAAUUAUCUCGGCCAUUGUCGAAUUUGUUUGGCGAGCAAAGAAGAUCGUGCCCGAAGAACGUGAUCCCGUUUGCGUUGAACUCUGCAGAGAACUUAAGUUCACGCUAACGUGCGGAAGCAAAAAACCCCUGACACGCCCUCGCUCGGAUGAAAACCUCGCCAUCGCUGCGACCGACAAUGGCAUGGGUCCUUUUAUGGGUCCAAUCACGGGGUUUGGCCUUCACAACAAGAACACGUUUUCCUGACAUCCGGACGACGCAGGUCAACUGCAGCUCGGCCAACUCGGCCAGCUAAAAGCCAACCCGAGCAGUUUGAGUUUAAGCAAAGCAAACUUAAGCCUCAACCAGGCCUUUCAUCAGGCCACGUCUAUCGGCAACCUGAAGAGCGCUACAGCAGCAGGUGGGGGCCAGGCGGGUCAACCAGCCGGCCAACAACCCGGCGAUGUACCGCUGUGUGAUCCCACCGAUCAGCUAUGCGCAGAUGACCUGGCCACGCACCUAAGCCCGGACACCUAUGGGCCAUAUUACCGAUAUGAGGCCAGGAUUGCUCAAGAGGACCCAAUUGACGUAUAAAAAUGCUGUUGUGUAACUUGGCGUUGGAAGUUUUCAUGUCGAGCAGACUUGCUUUCUGUGAUGGAGGCGAGAGACCCAGUGAUGUGCUGGGUCCUGACCAGGCCACAUGUGCCGGGCAGACCGUUCAACUCAACGGCCUAAUUUGGCCUUAAAUAUUUCUAAUGGCACCAUCCCAUGCGCUUCCAUCUCUGGCAGCUUCUAACGACCGUGCAUAAGCUCAGUUCAGUCCCAGCGCAAUUCUGAUCAACGUCAGCCACUCAAUCAAUCGAUCAGCCCAUAAGACUGCGCGAUCAGAUCGACAGACUUUUUUCUGCGUCGGAUCGCCUCUGCCUUCAUUCUGUUUUGAUUCAAGCCAGAACUUUUUCAGCUGAGUUUGGAUGGGAUUUUCUUCAGAGCUAGCAAUGUAAGCCUGUCGACGAAGUAAGCAUCACCUCUGGGAACGGAAGCGUAUGGCCAAGUGCUUUUAAACAAAAUGUGUAGAACACAUACAAGACGUGAAAGGAAAAUCACAUGUAAACGUUCGUACAAAUUAAACGUGUUCGGCGUGUUCUGUACGCCGCUAGGGGCCAGGUGAACUGUUUGGCCUAGACGAUGGUUUGGUCUCCUCAGGUGAUGGGCCUUGCGAUGUGCGCCACCCCGUCGACGUUAUACUAUUCACGAAGCAACAACGUUUACAAUGGAUGAACAACUCUGAUAACUCUCUAUGUGAUUGAUUAAUAACAACAAAUCGGUUUCUAUCAAGCAGCUCGUUUCAACAAGCUACAAUGAUUUGACGACAAUGAAAACAACAACAACAACAACAACAACAACAACAACCUGACUAGACAAACAGCGACAGCAAAAACAAGAUGCAGUUUCCUAGCUGUUACCGAACAGCAUUAAUUGAAGCCGACUAGACGAAACACUACUGAUCGGCCAUCUAAUAAUACUAAACGAAGAUGAUGAUAAUAAUGGAUUAAAAUAUCUCGGUAUCAACAAUUUCGGCAACCGCAAAUUCAAACAAAUCCGAAGACUACGAUAGAGACAAAAAUGAAUCACCCAAAAUAUCGAUCUUCUAACCACUAUUGGUAGCUUAUUUCUUGAUCGAAAGAUAUUUUUUGAAUUUCUAUCAAGCACAUCAUGACCUCAAGAACAGGCACAACUCAGUGUACUGUUUUCCUACCUACGUGCAGCAGCAGCAGCAGCAACAACAACGACAGGUUAUAUCAAACAUACAGAAAGUGACCUCGACCAAGAACUUUUACGGCGAAAAUGAAGCAAAUACAUCUACAACUCAAGAGUAAAAGGACAUCAACAAAGUAUAUCGACUAUUUAGGGUGCAUAACAAAGUAACUAAAGCACAUUGACAUUUGCAUUGACAUUAGGAAUAUGCCCAGCGGGAUCGUUAUCAUUCUGGAUACGUUUGCGAUACAUUCUGGUUCUCUCCUUUUUAUAUAACUACCAACAGAGAAAUAACGAUAGAAACCUCUUUCAAUCAACUAAAUUUCAACGCGAAACUGUUUCUAACCGUUAAGUUAUAUUUGACAGAGCAACCAUUUGCGAAAGUGAGGGAGAAAUCAGUGGGCACUUUUUUAAACUUACCGAAAACGUCGUACUGAGCCACCUUGUUGGCCAAGAACGUUUGCAACAAAAGCGACACGCACACAAGCAAAGGUUGGCAAAGUGAUAAUAUAUUGAUGUUACAAUUGCAAGACAAAACGCUUUUCCAAACACGAACAAUUUUAAUCUAAUUAGCAACAGAUAAAACGAUAAUCAAUAUAAACGGCACUGCACAACAGAGGGAACUAAUGCUACCUACCGAUACAAACAAUGACAGGGACUUGACUUUCAGAACCUAACAAAGAAGUAUUCUUUCCUAAUAGGCGAGAGGGCGAGAACCCAUCGUAAGAACAGCUCGUCGACCUAAAGUAACAUACAUAUACGACAAAAAAACGUCCACUAGCAACCUCGUUUUGGUUCAACAACAACAGCAACAACAAUAACAACAACAAUGACAGCGACGACGACAACGACAACAGCAACAACCUAAGCAGACUACCAUAAGGGUUCGACAAGAUCGACAAUAACAAAAUGAAAAACAUUUCUAAUAACGAUAACAACAAGCAAAAAGUAAACAUCGAAAAUGACAACAGCAGUAGACAUGUACGAGACCAACAUCAACCAAAACCAAUAAUAAUAACAACAACAACAACAACAACAGCGAUAACAGGAACACACGAUCACGAAUGAACUUCUGGUCGCAUUUCUCGAACGCCCGCCGAAGCUCAGCCGGCUCCAAACGUAGAAAAGGCCAGUAGUAUACAUUAUAUAUCUAUAUAUAUAUAUAUAUAUAUGUUCCGGUAAAAUUGACCACCUCCGUAAAUCCGACCCAGCUGAACUAAGGGACAAGUUGUGUGAUAAUAAAUGCAGUGCAUAAGGUUUAUUGUUGGGUUUAAUUAAGUGACUAAAUUAAUCCAAUGAACAAAACGAUUUUAUGAAGAGCUAAUUUUUUUAUCCCAUCAUGUCGUUUGCAGACGGGUACUUCCAAUCAUAAUUUUAAGUAAGGGUCAGCGUAAAAUGUACGUACAGCAGAGAACUGCCGCCUCGUUAGCCGAUUACCGACUUUAUCAAUAUAUAUAUAUAUAUAUAUAUACGGGUGUAUAUCUUAUCUUGAGUGGUCAUUAGGCUGCUCAAAACAGCAUUCUGAACAAACAAACAAACAAACAAAUCAGCUAAAAAAUGUUAAUGAAAAGUCAAUGAAAAUUUUUUCCAAUUGGUCGGCAGGUCGGUAGGAAGAGGUCAAUUCGAGUUAUCGGCGGCUGGCGGUGAAAUGCUGAAAAGCUUUUGACGUCGCGAAACCGCGUUUUGUUACUAUAUUUAUAGCAGUUAUGAUAAUACAAAUGAUAAUAAUAAUUAUAAUAAUAACAAUAUUACUAAGAACAUUCUUCGAACCAAUACCUCACACAUUCAUUCGAAGGGAAAACAGAAAAUCCGCCAUUAUUUGAGAAAACCUCUUCUAAGUAUCUAUUGCCUGCAUUUUAUCUGUAAAGUAUUACAACAUCUAAUAUCAUCUAUACACAAUAAGUACGCGUACUUCGUCUUACUAUCUAAGGUCUUAUAUGAAAUGGCAAGGCCACCGUAUAUUUGUAGUGUUGAUCUCUUCCAAACAAAUUCCAUGUGACCAAUCCAAGCACUCGCUAAAUACCAGCAGCUCAACCACUGCGAUGCGAAUAGCUAUCCAUAUAACUGACCUAAAAAAAAAAAAAAAACCC